UGCAGUGAGCGCAGCUGUGCAGGCAGAGAGAUUUGGAGAGAUAGAUGUUUCUACGCUGGGAACAGACAACGACACCUUCCCUUCGUCCUCAAUAGCUUCACAAUCGUUGUCACGAUCAAGAGUUCAAGCUUGUCAGUAACCAACCCACGUGAAGAACCCUCAGGAACCAUCACGCAGUGACAACCCCACCGUGGACCUGGCCAGCACAGCACAGCCCCGUCACACCCUGAAAAGCCCCUGUCACUGGCAUCCUCCGGCACCCGCUUGUCCUGUUGGCAUGGAAUAAUGCGAUAUAACCAACAGCACCUGGCAAACAUAUCACAUCCACCUCUUUAAGAGAACAACACCUUCAUUCUUCUCACCCAGACACUAUUCUCAAGUCUUCCUCUCAACUCUGUUGCUCGAAUCCAACAAAACCGAUUCUCUGCUGGACGACAACCAUGGGUCUCGCUUCCAAACUGGCCGCAGCAAACGCUGCUUAUCCCGGCGGUCCUCCGACAAGUCUGCAACCUGGCGGCGGUGCUCCCGGUGGCUAUGGUCAAUCUGCGGGCCAACCCGGCGGACAACAGUAUCAAGCUUAUCCCGGCGGUCCUCCUUCGGUGAGCCUUCCCCAACUGUUUCCAUCCGUGUCAACUUGCGCCCGGCUUCUCUCGGCCAGUUUUUGGCCAACUUGAAAUUCAUGGUUGCGUCAUUUGUAUUUGGCAUAUCCACCCCAAGCCCGCCGCCCAGCUGCGGUGCAAACGAACACGUCUAUUUUUAUUCCUUGCCUGCAAAUUGUUUAUCUCAGCUGCAUUCACGCUGCAACCCCUUUGAAUUGCUACAUUCGACCAACCAUGAGCAAAUUCUCUCGCCUGGCAUCGUCGGCGCAAGGUGCCGGAGGAGCUGCUGGGUAUCCUGCCGCGCCUGCGCCCACACCUUACGCCUCUCAGCCAGCAGCACCACCAUCGCCCUAUGCGCAGCCUCCAGUGCCUCCCCGACCAAGCGCAUCACCUCAACCAUAUCAGCAACCGUCGUGGCAAGCGCCCCAGCCGCAGCAGGCGCCAUAUGGUCAGCAGUUAGGUGUGCCGCCGCAGGGAGGCGGGUAUCAGUCGCCGCAACCACAGCCGGCGUAUACCUCAUACCAGUCACAGUAUCAAACGCCAAAUCAAUACGGACAACAACCAUAUCAACAACCCCCAAAUCAAUGGGGCCAACAGCCGCCGGCCGGUGCCUAUGGAUACGGUGCCCCACAAGGACAAGGACAACCUCCCUACCCAGGUGGCCCGACACCCGGCGGUGCACCACCUCAGCAGUAUGGAGGACCUCCAGGCGGACCACAAGGCGGCGCUCCUGCCGCACCGGUGGGCAAUGUCCAGGGUUACAAGAGCCUUCUCCAGGCAACAAUUCAAGAGAAGAACUUGCAGAACUUCUAUCCCCCAGGCCACCCGGUCCUUGACCAGAUCGCAAGUCGAGCUACUCAACAGGUUGCGCAACUGGCCCAGACAUGGCGCACUAGCCCUGAAAUCGCCUCGGACAUUGUCAAGCUGGCCUUGUACGACGUGGUGCUGUAUAUCGACGACAGCGGAAGUAUGCAGUUCGAAGAGAAUGGCGAGCGGAUCGACGAUCUGAAGCUGAUACUGUCACGCGUCGCCUUCGCAACUUCGCUUUUCGACGACGACGGGAUUCAAGUCCGCUUCAUGAACUCGCCGGAACAGGGGAAUAACAUUCGCAACGAACAACAGGUCAAUGAGUUGAUUGCUCGCACUCGGUUCUCGGGUCUCACUCCAAUGGGACGAGAACUACAAAACAAAAUCCUGGGACCAUUGGUUUUGGAUCCUGCACGACGUGGAGCCCUGCGCAAGCCGGUGUUGGUCAUUACCAUCACAGAUGGUCAACCCACCGGGGAGAACUCAUCGGAUGUUGCUCGAAUUAUCAAGGCAGCCUCGGACGAGCUGGCUAGAAACCCUCGUUAUGGCAAGGGAGCCAUUGCAUUCCAGUUUGCACAGGUCGGCAAUGACUUGAAGGCCCGUGAGUUCUUGAGCAAGCUUGAUGAGGAACCCGGUAUUGGUGAUAUCAUUGACUGCACAUCCAACUACGAAGUCGAAGCCGAUGAGAUGUCUCGAGCCAACCCGCCAGUCCAGCUGACCCCUGAGCUAUGGCUGAUCAAGCUGCUUCUGGGAGCGAUUGACUCGUCCUACGAUACUAAAGACGAGAAGAGUGCCGCACGACCUCCUCAGGGCGGAUAUGGUGGUCCUGGCGGCCCCGGCGGAUAUGGAGCUCCUCCAGGUCAAGGUGGCUACGGAGGCGGAUAUCCUCCUCAAGGUGGUUAUGGAGGACAGCCGGGUGGAUAUGGUCAACCACAAGGAGGGUAUGGACAGCCACAGGGCGGAUACGGCCAGCAACCACAAGGUGGUUAUGGCAGACCUCCUCCAGGUGCACCACAAGGAUAUCCACCACAGCAGGGUGGUUACGGCGCACCGCCGCCACCAAGAUACUGAGCAACGACGUGAGUCGACUCUGGCAAAGGAUGGCAUCCACGUCAAUGCUGCAAUGAGUGAAAGUUGUCCGAACAGAUACGUGGGAAAGUUGGCUGGAGACAAUGGUGGUCCUGUAGCUACUAGCUAUGGACCGUGCUGGAACUGAAGAACAAGUACUAGUACUCAAAAAGUCAGAGCAGGUAUGACUUGACCAAUACCAAUAAUGCAUACCUUAUAACCACAA